AUGAACUUCUUCAAGUCGAAGCAGCGGACACCACCAGAGCUCGUGCGCGGGUUGCGCGAUAACGUGCAGAGGUUGGAUUCGGCGCCUCCGGGAGAGGCUAGGCGGAAGGCUAGUGAAGAGAUCAGCAAGAGUCUGCAGCAGAUCAAAGGGCUAUUGUACGGUGACGGAGAGCCCGUACCCGAACUUCUCGCCCAACUCGCGCAGGAGACGUACAGUACGGACUUGCUGUACCUGCUCGUGACCCACAUCGCCAAAUUCGACUUCGAAGCGCGCAAGGACGUCGUCCAGAUCUUCAACAACCUUCUACGACGGCAGAUCGGCUCGCGGUGGCCGACGGUCGAGUACAUCUCCGGCAAGCGCGAGGUCCUGUUCGCUGCGCUGGCUGGCUACGAAAACGAAGAUGUCGCGCUAAAUACGGGCCUGAUCCUGAGGGAGAUGCUGAGGCACGAAGGGUUGUGCAAGAUCUUGCUGUAUUCGGACCAGUUCUACAAGUUCCCGCACUAUAUCGAAACCACGACGUUCGACAUCUCGACAGACGCGUACUCAAGUUUAAAGGACACGCUUACGAGACAUAAGCCUAUGGUCGCGGAGUAUCUGGAUAAGAACUACGAUCGCUUCUUCAACUCUUACACCACCCUCCUUCUAUCCACUAACUACGUCACUAAACGCCAAUCCCUCAAGCUACUCGGCGAGAUCCUGCUCGACCGCGCCAACUUCGCUAUUAUGACCCGCUACAUCUCCAACGACGCGAACUUAAAGAUGAUGAUGAACUUGCUCCGUGACAAGAGCAAGAACAUUCAGUUUGAGGCGUUUCACGUGUUCAAGGUCUUCGUGGCGAACCCGAAGAAGCCGCCACAGAUCGAGAGUAUCUUGCGGCGGAACAAGGAGAAGCUGCUCGCCUUCCUGAAAGACUUUCACAACGACAAGGACGAUGAACAGUUCACGGACGAGAAGCAGUUCCUCAUCGUCCAAAUACAGGGCUUAUGA